AUGCGAUGUUUGAAUCGACUCGGAAUUUUUCAAAUCAGCUACCGCAUCGGACACACAGGAAGCCUCGUAAGGCCAGGAAGCAAUAGCGGGGUGGAAGGGCACGGGGAAAGGGGCGUGAGUGCGCGCUGCGUGGGGGGGAGGCGCGUGAGUGCGCACUGCGCGCGUGAGUGCGCUCUGCGUGUGGGGGAGGCGCGUGAGUGCGCAGUGCGCGCCGCUGCAGGAGCAAAGGGGGGUAGCGGAGGAGCAGGAAGCGCUAAGGACAGGGAGUGCGGGAAAGCUCCUAUAGGGGCAAGGCCAGAGGGCGGUGCGGCAGCAGCCUGCCGGAGGCAGAGGGGUGGGGAUGGCCACAGCCGCAAUCCCUGGCAGGGUGGGCGCGCUGGGGGAGCCAAGGGGGUUGCGGGGGCGGAGGGGUUUGGAGGGGCGGAGCACAUGGGCGCGCAAGGGGGUGCGUGGACGGGGGGAGUUGCGCCAGGCAGGGGAGGGGGGUGGGGGUCACUGCUGGGUGUCUGUGUGGCAGGGGCGGCUGGGUGUGCGGUGAUGGAGUUGGGGCUGGAAAAGGGAAAAGAAGCUGCUGGCGUGAUGGCGGAUGCAUGGAGGCAUCUGCAGGGGGAUUGGCUGCUGCUACGAGUGGAGUGUGCUGACGUGGCUGCUCUUAGUUCUAGUAUCAGGUCUAAUGAUAACGGAUCACCUGUGAAAAACCCUGAAUUUGGUAGCGCUGGUGAGGCAGGUGGGGCAGGUGGGGCAGGUGGGGCAGGUGGGGCAGGUGGGGCAGGUGGUGGGAAUGAGCGCAAUGGGACCAGCAGCAGCAGCGGUGCAAGCGCCAGCAGCAGUGAACUCGCUGCUACAAACACCUCCAGUGGCAAGUCCAGUGGCGGCGCUAACUGCAGGAAGCGGGUGGUGGUGCUGGGGUCGGGGUGGGGCGCGGUGAGCUUCCUUAAAGCCAUAGACGCGCAUGGGUAUGACGUCACACUCAUCUCGCCCCGCAACUUCUUCCUCUUCACGCCGCUGCUGCCAAGUGUCACCACGGGAGUGGUCGAGGGCAGGAGCAUCGCUGAGCCAAUCAGGCGCAUCCUGUUGAGGGUGAGUUUCCAGUCAGUCAGGUGCUGCUAG